AUGCCUCCCCGUCGCAAGCGCGCCGCCCCAGAGGCUCCCGAUUUCAUCGAUCUUACUGGAGAUGCUGUCCAGCACGCUCCUAAACGACCUGCUUUAUCAUCCUCGCGGCCUGGUGCAUCAUCUGGCGCAGCAGGUCGCCAAAGAAGCCAGGCAUUUCCUUCUUCGUCUUCUUACCUGUCAACUCAAGAGCCAGAUUACUUGGAUCUGACGCAAGAAGACGACGCACUUGACAGAGAGCUCUACGGUACUUUUGAUGGCAAAAUUGUAGGCGUGAGGUACUACAACGGGUAUGCUUCUCCUGGUGAAGCUGUCUUGUGUCACAGAGAGCCGAAUAAUCAGUAUGACUCCAAUGCAAUCCGAAUAGACAACGUUCUGCAUCAGCAAAUAGGCCAUUUGCCUCGCAAAAUCGUCGAAAAACUGGCACACUAUAUUGACUCUGGAGACAUCACUGUUGAAGGCCAGAUCAUAGGAGAAAAGGCUUACUAUGACUGUCCUAUUAGACUAUCGUUUUAUGGUCCAAGCAAUCCCGAAGAGCGUACCAGGAUUGAGAAUGCUCUCAAGGCAGAUAAAUUUGUCAAGGCUACCCAACUGAAACAGACCAGGAAAGCUGCCGAAGCCCGUAGAGUGGUGCUUGGGCUGCACCAAUCGAUCUCUACCGCCGGUUUUGAGUCAGACAAGCAGCAAGGGGCACCUGAGCUAUCUCUGGAAGAAAUCCUCAAAUCCAGCGAUGCGGUCGAGUUCCGCAAAGGGGGUGAUGCCAUCAAGGCGCUGGCCAUGGGUGAAGAGGAACUGUCAAAGAUGCCGCAGGCUGAGCAGCCUAAACAGCUCAAGUCUACGCUUCUGCCAUACCAACUGCAGGGAUUGGCAUGGAUGCAAUCUAAAGAGAACCCGCAACUCCCACCAGUGGGAUCAGAUACCGUCACUCAACUGUGGAGGCGCGAUAGCAAGGGCCGAUACUGGAACGUUGCGUCCGACUUCAUCACCUCUAAAGCACCAACACUAUUUUCUGGCGGUAUCCUCGCUGAUGAUAUGGGCUUGGGAAAGACUCUCCAAAUCAUCAGCUUAAUUCUUACGGGUGGCUCCGGCUCAACACUGAUUGUUGCACCGGUUAGUGUAAUGAGCAAUUGGGAGCAGCAAAUUCGAAGACACGUCAAAGAGGAACAUCAGCCAAAUAUCCUAGUAUAUCAUGGUGCUAGGAAAGUGGCUGGCCAAGAGCUCUCGGCAUACAACGUUGUCAUCACCAGCUACGGCACUCUCGCCAAAGAGCUGGACGAAGGUGGCAGCAAAACUCUGAUGAGCCAAAAGAAGAACUGGCGGCGAGUUGUGCUUGACGAAGGACACACGAUAAGGAAUGUAAAGACCAAGGUGGCUCUGGCUGCAAGCGAACUGAAAGCCCAAUCCCGCUGGGUUCUGACUGGAACUCCCAUUAUCAAUUCUGUAAAGGAUCUCCAGUCCUUGGUCAAAUUCUUGCACAUCACCGGAGGCAUUGAGCAGUCCGAGAUUUUCAACAAUGCAAUCACCCGAAAGCUGAUGUCGGGUGAUCGCAGCGCUGAAGCGCUUCUGCAAUCGUUGAUGCAAGACAUCUGUCUGAGGCGAAAGAAGGACAUGAAAUUUGUUGAUCUCAAGCUUCCCAAAAAGACUGAGUAUCUACACCGAAUCACAUUUCUCCCAGAAGAGAAGUCGAAAUACGAUGCUCUACUAUCCGAAGCCAAAGGUGUUCUGGAAGAAUACCAGGCAAGAUCACAAAGCGGUCAAAAGGGCCGCUUCCAAAACGUCUUGGAGCGUCUUCUUCGACUCCGGCAGUCAUGUAAUCACUGGACUCUCUGUAAGGCGCGCAUUGACGAUCUGAUGCAGUUGCUCAAAGAUCAAGACGUUGUGCCCUUGACUGAGAAGAAUCGAGCAUUGCUCCAGGAAGCGCUUCGGCUGUACAUUGAUAGCCAAGAAGACUGCGCGAUCUGCUACGAUACACCUACUAACCCCAUAAUUACAAAUUGUCAACACGUUUUCUGUCGCCACUGCAUCGCCAGGGCAGUUCAGCUGCAAGGAAAAUGUCCAAUGUGUCGCAACCAGCUUACCGAGGACGAUUUCCUGGAGCCAGCUCCCGAAGGUACUUUUGACGCGAACUUUGACACAGACACGCAGAGCUCAAAGACAGAAGCGAUGCUGCAAAUUGUUCGGGCGACGUUGAAGAAUGAAGGAUCCAAGAUUGUCAUCUUCUCACAGUGGACCUCGUUUCUCGACAUUGUGCAGAAGCAGCUCGAGAAUGCAGACCUGAAGUACUGUAGAAUCGACGGAAGCAUGAGCGCAGAGAAGCGCGACAAGGCAAUCGAUGCCCUCGACAACGAGUCUGAGACUCGCAUCAUGCUCGCCAGUCUGGCAGUCUGCAGCGUGGGACUUAACCUUGUUUCUGCGGACACAGUGAUCCUGUCUGAUAGCUGGUGGGCACCGGCAAUCGAAGACCAAGCCGUUGAUCGAGUACAUCGUCUUGGCCAAACACGAGAGACGAAGAUAUGGCGUCUCAUUAUGGAAGGAACCGUUGAAGAGCGAGUGCUGGACGUUCAACAAGAGAAACGCGAUCUUGUCACCAAGGCAUUCCAAGAAAAGGGCACCACGAAGAAAUCUAAAGACACCAGAAUGGGAGACGUGUUGAAGCUACUUUCUUGA